GAAGAAGAACAAAGGGGGGGCAGUGAUGUGUCGCAGUCGCUUGGUGGUUCCACUUCCGGUUGGAGUAAAACGAAGAAGACAGUAAACAAACAUGGCGGACAGACUAACACAGCUGCAAGACGCCGUCAAUUCGCUCGCAGAUCAGUUUUGUAACGCCAUCGGGGUGCUGCAACAGUCUGCUCCGCCUGCCUCCUUCAGCAACAUCCAGACGUCGAUCAACAGCGACCAGCCUGCAAACCAAACCGAAGAAUAUGCUCAGCUGUUUGCAGCCCUGAUUGCCAGAACGGCCAAAGACGUGGACGUGCUUAUCGACUCUUUGCCGAGUGAGGAGUCUACAGCAGUUCUGCAGGCGGCCAGUCUGCGGCAGCUAGAAGAAGAGAAUCACGAGGCGGCAACCCGUCUGAGGGACGUUGUAUCCCGCGGCGACAUGUUGCUGGAGAAGAUCCAGAGUGCCCUGGCGGACAUCGCUCAGUCGCAGCUGCGCACCCGCAACGGCGCCCCCAGCCAGGGUUCACCUGCCGAAUCCUGACAGCCCAAUUCCACACCUUUGACCCACACAACAAUGCUGCAAUGCUGAAAAAAAAAGCUCUACUAUGCAAAGCGAAAGCCAUUUAUCAACAACAUCCAG